UCUCUGGUGAUGCAACAGUUUAAGUUGAUACGCUGCUCAUUUGCAAAAGUCUACUGUUUCACUUUCGAGGUGGUAGACGAUUAGAUAAACGUUAAAUCGGUACGGAGGUGUGUAAAAUUACUAGUUUUAACCUAAAAAAAUUUCAAAUGCACACAAUUAGUCUAACAAGAACAGUAAUAAAUUUCCUACGGAGAAAAUUAUAACUGAAGUUGUAUCUUGUUUGAAAAAAAGUAUUAGUAAAUUUUCUAAUUCUUCUGAAUUUUAAAUUUUAUAUGUGAAACAUUCUCUGUGUUGCAAGAAUUAAUUGUAAAUUCCGCUUAGCCCUACAUGUUAGACACCAUCCCCUAAUUUAGGGGAGACACCUCCCCUAGGACACCUGCAUCCACACCCACCUCCAAACAUACUGACUGACCCUCGAUGAUUGCUGAAUACAAAAUUUGGGUGCAAUUAGUCUGUCACACCACAGCUCGUUCAUUUAAAGUCUUCCAAUAUUUAAAAAAUCCAAGAGGACAUAAAAAUUGCGUCCUUGCUCACUAAGGUAGACGAAUCUACGGUCAAUCCCAUAAGUAUUCGUACGUUUUAUGUCUAUUGAAGACAUUUGUCUAAAUUGAUUAAUAGGUUUGACGUCUCCAAAUAAAUUUUUUAUGUACAUAUCUAUAAGGAAUCAUUUAUUUGGAAAUAUCGAACCUUUCAUUUAAUUUAGACAAAUUUCUUCAACAGACAUGGAGGGUAUGAAUAGUUAUGUGACUGACCGUAUAUAAACAAAACAGUUUGCUAAUUUAUCUCACGAUAUUAAACCCUUACCACGUUACUCCAGCAAUGCAGAGCCUAUUUCAAUAUAGAUACAGCUAUCGUUUUCUCGCUCGAAUCUAACGAACUAUCGACCAGCAUCUGAGGACUCCGAGAUAUUUAAUCUCCGAUGAAAAUCUCGUGGAAAAGAGGUCGCGAAGGAGCCCGAAGCGUACGGUCCUGGUUGGGCCGCCAGGUUGGUGAACGUAGGACAGCUAACCAGGUGACGUCAUUGGCUUCUCGGGUCUAUGGAGGGCCUCAUAGCAGCGGUAGGGGAAAGAAGGGAGAGAAUGUGCUGGCCCCGCGACGGGAAAGAAGAGGAAGCGAAACCGAACGAAGGGUGGGGGAUGUUCUCCAGCACUGUGCGAGCCGCUGCUUUCAGGUACGAGCGCACGGUGCCGCGUGCAGGUAGUCCCGUGCUCGGUUCUCCACGUUUCAUCGCGCGCUCCAACCUUUUCGCCUCGUUGGAAACGAUCAAAUCGGGCUCGAAGCCAACCCCCAGACGAUAUCGAACGGUGCCACCCUUCGUAUACGCAGAGGGAAGGUAUCGCGAGGGGUUGAAACGGCGUGGCGAUCCCUAAAACUCCUACUGAUACGCGUACAGUCGAUAAAAGUGGAGCGUCGAAGCUCACGGAUCUCUGGCUUCAAGGAUCAUCGAGGAUCCGAUCGAACUUCAAGAUCAAGGAGGAUGGAAUUCAUUUGUUGUGGUGGUCCACGUGAUUUGGGCGAGGUGGAGUGAAGUUUCGUCAGUGAUUUCCAUAAAGGAUAGUGAACAGAGAGUUGCUUCGACAGCUUCUCAAAGUCGAGUGAAUUCAAGACGUCGAGGACUCGAAGUGAACUGAGUAAAGUGAAGUGAAUUAAAAAGGAUUUCUGCGAGUAAAUCGAAUUACGUAAUCACAAUUUAUCCGAGAAACCUGCGAGUCCUCGUCAUCGUAGUUGCGAAGAUUUUUGAGGAAACCGUGGCAGCAAGAAGAGCGGAGCACGUGGUACGCCGAAGUGGAACGGGUCGUUAACGUCCGGAAGACAGGAUUCAGCGUCGUUCAGGAAACUGAAUUUUUUAGUCACGCUUCCAUCUGCGUUCCCCGAACUCGUCCACGGACGGAUUCCCGAAUCGUGAUCAUCCGUAAAAUUGAAGCCUGAGCGUACUUUCGCUGCGUGCGUUUCCUUAAGACGUCUACCUUUCUCUGGAGACUGUAAAAUAUUUAUCAGGGAUAAAACGAACAUUUAUACGAGCCGCGAACGGACCCAGCGGCUCGUAGAUCGAAGAGCUGACUUCACUUGCCAAACGAGUUUAUGUUUUUAAUCGAGUCUACGACUCGUCUGGCAACGGGUUCUCGCCAGCAUAUCCGGCAUGCAAUUUCUGGUUAUGAUUCCUCCUUCAGUCUUCGCGAGGGAUCAUCUGCCAGGGGCCCUUUCAAUACCUGACCACCUGUUUCCCGUCCAUCGGGCAUCGUCUUUCCUUCCGUGAAAGUCGCGAGCCUCGUGUCGACGAAGACCUCGAGUACUCGUCCUUAAUAAAAGACCCGAGUGUCCUGUGAAAGCAGAAUAAAUUUGCGACGACGAACUCUGUUUACAGAAGUUAACAGGCACGUGAACUGAUUCCAAGCAGUAUACAGUGUCAAAUAGUAUCAAAUACCUGAAAUUAACAAAGUCAGAGGAACCCUAGAACAGUUUCUCGUCUAAUUUUCAUUCUGUGUACAUAGAAAGACGAGCUGCACAUCACAGUUACAGGCCAAGUGCGUGCACAGAACUAUCCAAUUACAAUCAUUAUCAGCUACUCAGCAAAAGCAAUAUACUUCCUUCCGCGGACGCCACGAGCCUCCUGUCAUCGCAUAAUCUGGAUGACAGCGUUCCGUUUCGAGCCAGAUCAGCGUUAUUCUAAUUUUCGUCCUCCGCGCCCUAUCGGCUGGGAGAAACGUUAGCCAGGUAAACUGCAAACAGAGGGAAUUACAAGCGUUAUCAGCUGGAGGGAAAAAGGGUCGAUCGACGUAGAAACAAAAAAAAAAACGACAUGUCGGACGGCGCAAGUGCAGCGACGAGAUUAAGCAGCAGGUAACGAAUCGCGUCUGUUGACACGGCAAACAGAGCUAUCUCCACGAGAGAAUUGGCGGCUAGGCGAGUCCAGCUUGAGUGGAAAUUUGUAUUUGCUCGGAACCAGCGGAGGGACAUGUCUCCACGAACGUGGCCGCUGUUAUCUCGUUCGCCAAGGGCGCGGAGGGUGCGUGCCCUAAAUUACAAGUCUCGCGUCGCGAGUUCGUGAACUUUCGAAGUAGACGGCGAAGUUUUGUUCCCUUUGAUCGUUAUCCCGUCCACGGCGCGAUGAGCGGUCACGGGCGAGUUGUAUCUCGUUUGCAUCGGGACGGAACGAUUUCGAAAGACACGCUCCGAAUGAAACGCGUACGCUCGUAGCCUGAGUCAGUGUCGAGACGUUACGAAAGAAAAUGUUGAAGUGGAUAAAAGUGCGCCAGGACACGUCGGCCACGCCGACGUCGUUCGACAGGGAGAAAAAGGACGAAACGGCGAGGGUGGACGUCGAGGAUGUCGUUGGGGAGGAGGAGGAGGUGGACAGUGGCAUGGAGAGGGAGGACACCCCGUCGAACAUCGAACUGAGCGACCUGCGAAAAGACCUGUUCUCGCAGCUCCAGUUCUCGCAAGAGAGCGCUUUGCCCCCCGACACGCUGCGCCGCGCACUCGCGGAGAGUUUUCUGGAUCAGCAAAGGUUCCAGCUCGGAUUCAUGGACGACGCGGCGGAAUGUUUCGAAAACAUUCUUCUGCGUAUACACCUGCACAUCGCCAGCGGGGAAGCCGAGGACAUGUGCAGCGCGAGACACUGCGUGCCACACCAGAAGUUCGCCAUGACGCUCGUCGAGCAAAGCGUUUGCGGAGCUUGCGGUGCCACUUCGGAACCACUGCCUUUUACACAGAUGGUUCAUUACGUGUCAGCGUCGGCAUUGACGUCGCAAGCGAGGCAAACGCCGCCGAAUGCUCGAAACAGCUCGGAUCUCUUUGGUCAGCUCCUGAGGAAAGCUGGAGGAAUGGGUGACAUCAGGGACUGUCCGAGUUCCUGUGGAGCCAAAAUCCAAAUAUGCAGAACGCUGAUGAACAGACCGGAAAUCGUUUCGGUUGGAGUUGUAUGGGACAGUGAACGACCAUCGUUGGAGCAUAUCAUGGACGUUUUCGCGACCGUGGGAACGUCCCUUCGGCUGAGCGAUGUUUUCCACAGCGUCGUGGACUCCCGGUGGGGUGCCUCGACCGUGCACAACCUCGUAGGAGUCGUCACUUACUACGGAAAACAUUAUUCCACCUUCUUCUUCCAUACUAAAUUAAAGGUCUGGAUUUACUUCGACGAUGCCACCGUGAAGGAAAUCGGUCCUCGUUGGGAGCAAGUCGUGGAGAAGUGCAGGAGAGGUCGAUAUCAACCCCUGCUCUUGUUGUACGCAACCCCUGGUGGAACACCAGUUAACACGGAAAACGCUCCCAAGACAGUGACGCCUUUUCCAAACGGAAAUGGUCUUAAGACGCCACCGAAGAAUAAUGUUCGCCGAUCGAUCACUCCCAGUCCAGAGAAACCAUCGAUCAACAGCACCGCUAGACGUGCCAUUACCCCCAAUCCUGAUAGUCCUCCUCAUCCUUACACUCAGCGGAGGAUCUACAGCGAUUAUCAGAACCUCACCGACAUCCAGAACAACAUCUUCGGGAAUCAAGGUGUGGACGUAGUCGAUGGCGAUGCAGAGUCGAAGUACAUCAGUCGACGAGCGGUGGAAACCGUGAUGCAACAGCAGAAGAAGCAGCAGAUGCAGCUGACGCGUAGUUUGAGUGCAGGAUCGACGCCGCAGGACGGCAUCAGUAUUCCGGAUCACUUGAACGUGCCACGAAGACGAGAUUCUGGUAACUGGUCGGGCGAUCGGAACAGCGCCUCCUCGAGUUCGUCGACGACGAUGGACAAUCCGUAUCUGUACAUCGUGAACAAAAUGCAGAGGAACUCGGGGGUGCCCAAGAGCCCCACCAGCAAGUCUGGAGAACUCUCCAGCAGCAGCAGUGGCCACUACGAUGCUGGAUACGAUUCGUACUCUUUGUCUUCCACGGAUAGCCUUCCGCUUCAGCAGGGCCUGAAACACAAUCUGCAGCUUGCUCAGAUCCCAGAAGGCUACCAGGCCGCGAAUGGCGACGAUUGCGAGCGUCUCUGCAAGGAAACUGACGCGCUCUUGGAUAAAUCCCGAGCUGCAGAGGAUGCGGGCGACCUUAGCACUGCGGUAGCUCUGUGCAGUGCAGCCAGCAGCAAAGCUAGAGCAGCCAUGGACGCGCCAUACAACAACCCCCACACGAUCACGAUAGCGAGGAUGAAGCAUAACACUUGCGUCAUGAGGACGAGGAGCUUGCACAGACGAAUGCUACAAGAACAGGCGACGGCUAAUGGUGAGAAAGAAGAAGGCGCCCCGGAAGGUAGACAUUCCCGAGAGAACAGUAAAUCCGGCCAACACUCUCGACAGAGUUCGAGGGACAAGGGAAGCCAUUCCAGGCAGAACAGUCGCGAGCUUCUGGUAAACACGCCAGCAAUGAUCGCGGACAAACCUGCCUCGAAGAGCAUCGAGAUCUACGCCACUCUGCCGAAGAAGAAGACGCUAAGAAGCAAGGCUACAGCCGUGAACGUGAUCGAGGACGAGGAGUACAUGCUGUACGAUCGACCAGUUCAAAGGACAGGCUUGUUUAGUCGCGCGAAACGCUGCGACGACGACAAGAAGGACAAGAAGCGCGCUCGAAGCGAGGAGAGGAACAAGAACGUCUCGAAAGACUUCUCCAUAGCCCCGUCUCGAUUGUCGCCCUCUCUGAAAGGGACGAAAGCUGACAAGCCUAAAGAAACUGACACGGCUGUCAAUAACGCUCGAAACUCCCAGCAGAACAACGCCAAUGGGGAGCAGAAACAAGGGAAGAAGCAACACAAGAUACGCAGGAAACUGUUGAUGGGUGGAUUGAUCAAGAGGAAGAACAGGAGCAUGCCGGAUCUGCGGGAAGGACAGGACAACCAGACGAACACCAGCGUCGAGGGGUCCUCCAACACCUUGCCGAAGCAGUCAGUGGACGAUUCCAGCGUUGGAUUGAAGGGCAACGAGGUUUGCCAGUCUCUGAGCGGUUACUUGUCAGAGGGACACUUGGAGUUCACUGGGAGCAACAGCGGUAACCCCAGCAGCACGGGCAACCCGAAUCUGGAGAGAAGUCGUCUGAUGAGGAAGAGCUUCCACGGCAGCGCCGGUAAAGUGUUACACGUAGCGAAGGUACCCCCACCUCCUCCGCUCAGGACCACUUCUCAGCUUAGCAAGUCUAAGUGUUCGGGUGAAGUGCACAACGAGCAGCAAUCCGAGAAAUCGGUGUACCCGUUGUCGGAGGGACAGUGCCCGUCCAAUCCACCUCAGGAGCAGAAUGGAUCCUAUUGGAAUCACGUGAACACGGGGAAUUCUUCCAACGGGAUCAACAGGAGCGGCAAUUACGCCGACUAUUCCGCAGAAUCCCAUUCUUUGCCGUUUUUACCUACCUACGGUAUGGAACAGAGCGCUGCCAACGUUCCUACAUCGUGCCAAUCCAAUUAUAAUAACAAACCUCGGAUUCAAGAUGACGUGGUGCAGUAUGCCAACGGAAUCUUGUACGAGCCAACGUUCGUGGUUACUCGAGCAGACGUGCACAACGAACAGAGUCCCGUGAAGCAACCGAGCCAAGUUGAAAUGCUGCCUCCGUAUCCUGAAAACGGAAACGUGUCUCAUUCGAGGCAACCCAGCGAGGACUUCCCUCCGCCUCCGUAUCCUUCUAUUCACUCUGUGUCCCAUUCGAGGCAAGCCAGCGAGGACUUUCCACCCCCGCCACCACCAAUCGACGAUACACCGAAUCAUAUCCAAGAAAACCAACAACAGUAUCAGCAACAACAGUACCAGCAGCAGCAGUACCUCCAACAGCAAUACCAGCAGCAACAGACUGCUAUUCUCAUGCAGCAGCGUCAGCAACAGUUGGACAAUCAACAGAUCAGUACUUUGUUGACGCAGUUGCAGAUUAAAAGGGAUCAGAUAUUGGCUUCCAAGGCUAGAGAGGAGAGAAGGCCAGAGGACCAUGACGAAGACGAGAAGUCAGCUAGCGAAACGUGGCUUCGCGAGUUGCAGGCUAAACAGGCGGAAAGGAGGAUGAAGAAGCAGAGUCCUUUGGAUCAGGAUAUUCCGAAAGUGAGGUGUUCUGCUCCGAUGUCAGGUUCGACUGUUGCGAGGCGAACCAGCGAUUUGAUGAUGAACAGUUUGGGGCAAAGUUACGAGCAAGCCAGUCGCGACGUUCCCGAUUGCCCGCGAGUCGUUUCGUCUGUUAAGGACAUGGCGGCUAGGUUCGAGCAAAUUAAAUUGCAGCCUGCGGCGAAAGCUGAACCAGACCAGAAGAUUUCUGUUAAACAAAACAUCAACUGCGUUUCGUCGUCUCCCUUGGUGGACAUGUCCCAAGACGUUCAGCAGCCAGAGGAGUCGAGACCAGUGAAGCUUUCUUCGGAAAACUUGGCAACCUUCUCCAAACCUGAGACUUCUUCGAGCCAGUCCGUUCUGAAUUCGAGCUUCGAGUCGAGUUCGAGUCAGAACACGUUCGUCUCGACCUCGGCUCCCACCAACCCCGUUAACGCUCAGCAGAGUGGACUGAACGCCGCCAUUAUGUCCAUGUCUCUGACUCUGCCGCACGAGAAUGGUCUGCCAGUGGAUUAUCCUGAAGAUGACAUCAGCGAAGUUGCCAUGCAGAACACUAUUCAGAAUACGACGAUCCUGCCCAGCGAGGAGGACAUCGCUCCGAGAAAGGUGAAACGACGGAUAGGGAAGAAGAAGAGCGUGUCGUUUUGCGAUCAAGUCGUCCUCGUGGCCACUGCCGAGGACGACGAAAAGGACUCCUAUAUCCCAAAUCCCAUCCUCGAGAGGGUUCUACGAUCGGCGAUGAACAAGCCAGAGACUGCCCAAGUAUUGAGAGAGAUCAGAAGCUUGCAAGAGGCGGAACUGAACCGUGAGAAUUGCACUGCCAUCAAAUUCCAACAGCAGACUCUUCCUCUGAAGAGCGAGGCUGACAGCGUACCUGCGACUCCCUAUCAAGAUCAACUGCGAAGCGUGAACCCUAUACCAAUACCUGACACGAUCAAGCCUACUUUCGGUAGACAGAACUCGAACGAAUCGGUGGGAUCGCUGUCGGAGAAGAAACACUGCAGUCCGUACGUCAACGAAGGUCAGGACGUCGUCAGGGAGACUUAUUCGGGAAUAUCGAAUGUUUCUAAGCCUCCCACCUCGUACUCUCCUCAGUUGCAGCAGCAAAUAAGGUACUCGCAGAACGGGUAUAUGCCUUAUUUGCAAUCCCAGUCGACGUAUCCUCAGACUCAGACAUCUCAUCCGAGGAAUCAGACUAUUCCCAUCUCGCAGACCCAGAAACCAGCUAGCCCCUAUCCCACCCAAAUUCACGGGCAGUACGUUCAGAACAACGUGCAACAGCAGAAACCCGUGUGCCAGAAAAACACCUACCAAACGUACUACCAGCUGGAGCAGCAGCACAAUCAGAUGAACAAGCAGAUGUCGCAGCAACAGCAACAGAACAUUAACCAGAGGAUCGCGAAUCACAACGCGAGUCCAAUAACAGUGCAGCACUCUCAGCAGCAGUUCGCUUAUCCAGCGAACCAAUCGCCGAGCCCUUAUCAGAAUCAGUACACCACCCACAGUUCCUAUCAGGGUUAUCCCUAUCAGACCGUUCCUCAGCAGAACAGGAUGAGCCAGCCGUUGCCUCAGUACCAACCGCCCCCUAAUCCGCCGACCAACAACUAUCAGCAGCAGCAGCAGCAGCAGCAGCAGCAGCAGCAGCAGCAGCAACAACAACAACAACAACAACAACAACAACAACAACAACAACAACAACAACAACAACAACAACAACAACAACAACAACAACAACAACAACAACAACAACAACAACAACAACAACAACAACAACAACAACAACAACAACAACAACAACAACACCAACAACAGCAGCAGCAGCAGCAGCAGGGUGUGCAGAAUUAUCAGCAGAGGCACGAGAAUUAUCAAAGAGCUCCGCAAAAAGCUGACCAACAGAAUAUCUUGGCGCCCAAUCAGACCUACCCGAACCCGCUACAGAACGGUCAGAUACAGUCCAACAUGAAAUACCCCACCUAUCAGCAUCCGCCUGUGUCGAAACAGAGCAAGCAAAUGCACUUCGUGUCAGCUGGCAAGGGCAACGCGACGAUUGCUCAAACUCAGUCAUCUUUGCAGAAACCCGUUGUCGGAAGCGCGGCUAGAACCGCGCCGUGUCACCUUUGCAGGAAGAAGCAGGUAACCGAGCCUGCCAUCUACUGCUCUGACUGCGACUUUUACAUGUCCCGUUUCCGGCCGAAGAACUGAAGUCGCGGCCACAAGGAACUAUCACCCAGCGCGUCGAUUUUAAUGAAACUUGACAUACAGGUAGAGUAUUGACGAAUAUUAGACACGUAUUUCUUUUAUGUCGGGUGAUAUUCUUUUUUAAAAGGUGAAACUACCCCUGAAGUUGUGAUCCAUAUACCUGGUUAAUUAAAUUUCUUGCAAGCUAACGGCGAUAGAAAAAAAUGUUUAAUAUAAAAGAAGUUUAAUUUUUAACAAACAAUAACAUGUUUUUGAUAUAAAUCGUACCGAGACACUGGCGAUUACGUCGCUUUUUUAUAAAAGUUUGUAAUAGAACAUGUUUUGUUAGCUGAAAACUGGUCAAUUUAAACAACAAGCCAGUAAGCACAAUGUUCAACGGGUGAAAACUACCCUCAGAGGGUGAAUGACCUAUUUAAUUAAAAUAUGUGUCUAAUGUUUUUCAAUGCUCUACUUGUAUAUCAAGUUUUAUUACAACGUUCCUUGUAUGUUUUGUUCACCGGAACGUUUAUCAACGUUUUCCGGCGGAUUUUACCAUUGUUGCUUCGCUACUUUUGACGAUGUUGCACAGAUUAAUCUAACUAUCGGAAACGGCAGCGAGUUCGUAUAUUUAAUUUAAAUAGAGCUUGUAGACAAACCCGCAGCCGAUGUAAUGGAAAUAGCGAGAAGCCCUGGCCUGCUUUGUACAAAGUUAAGAUUAGAUGUAGACCUUGUAUCAUUGGAGACCUUCGUCGAGCAGCUAUUAAUUAUAUUGUAUUAUUGACGAUGUAUCUAGCGUCGCUUGUAAUUUAUGGUAGAUCGUGUAGAAAGAAUGUAUUCGAGUUUUUUCCGCGUUUAUUAUACAACAAUUGUUAUUUCGCGCUUAGGUUACGCUUCCUUUUUUAUUGUUUAUUACAUGCUUCUCUUCUUUUCUGUUGUACAUACGAUUAUCCCCGCGGUACUGUUUAAGUUUCUGUAUAAAUUCGACGUUUUUAGCUAGAUUUAAGUUAGAUUUAAGAGAGUUAGGUUUCUAGGAGCGAGCGUUUCAGUUUUACGCACACGUUUGGCUCUACAUGUGUACUUCGUUCGCGAGACAGAUUGUCAGAAUUGUGAUACUAGCCAUGCUACAUAGAAUUUUAUCGUUAAACGUAGAGAACCGUAUCGAGGGCCGCGCUGAAGAUUAGUCGCAAUAAAGAAAAAAAAACGCGUAAACGUAGAGGAGAGCGUGGAGGGAAUAUGAUCUCUGAUGAAAGCGUGAAGUUUUAUUUUAUGUUGAUAGGCGUUGAUGUUAUACAUAUAAAUAUAUAUUGUGUACUUAACGGUUACGUUACAUCAAUACGAUUGUCUACGUGCUAGAUCGAUGUACAAAUCCACGAUUUUAUACAUUUUGUAUGAGUAUUUUGUUUUAGAAAUACUUGAUUUCCUCCCGUAUGACAUUGAAUAAAGCGCUGUCAGAAUACACUU